GGAAAGGACUCGCGGAUUGCGUGGAAAACGUUCCAGGAAAGGACUCGCGGAAAUCUUUCAGCGCGGUACAAGGUUGACAGCUUGGCCUUGUGACGGACGAUACUGUGUUGACUGCUUCGCGUCACAAGGAACGAUGUUUCUGGAGGGGCCAUCGCGGUGCCGGUAUUGACUUCGGCGCCCCCCCGAGCACGUGGUAUUCCUGGAGUCAUAAUGAGAUGCAGAGGCGCGAAGGUGAGCAUACUUUUCCUCACUGAACAGGGCGAGUAAUUUGCCAGGGGCCUCGGGGGAACUUCGCGGGGGAAACAAGUACGUGUUGAUGACAAUGUCGACUUGAACAAUAGGGGUGUGGACUAGCUAUCGACGUCGACAAGGAGGACACUGGACACGUACGUGUCGCGAGCGAGUGUUUCCCCGAAAGCUUUCCAAGGAGCGGGAAAGGUUUCGUUCCAAGUGGUGUACAAAAAAAAGCGGGAAAGCUGUCGAAAAGGUGUACAAGAGGAAGAGGUCACAAACUUAAGGGAAGGGGUGUCAGCAUGGCGGAGUCGGAAAGGCUUGGCGACAAGUCCUUCAUUGACGAAGAGUAUGAGAAGGCUGUGGCUGCGUACACGGAUGCCAUCACGGAGCAUCCUUCGGAUCCAAGUUUGUAUUACCGACGAGCGGCUGCUAAUUUGAAGAUCGGCGAUAUCGCAGCUUAUAGAGGUGCUGUCGCUGAUGCCAAUAAAGUAAUCGAGCUGGAUCCGAAAUUUAAGAAGGCGCAUUUGAGGAAAGGCAUAGCCUGUUUUAACUUGGAGGAAUAUGAGACUGCGAAGGAGGCUUUUGAAGCGGGGAAUGAAAUCGACCCGUCUGACGAGUACCGGAAAUGGAUUAGGAAAUGUGAAGCAGAAAUCGAAGAUGAGUUGGCAAGCCGUUCUACUGGUCAAGGGGAGUGCUCACCAGUGAGCAGUGCACCGGCAAGCAUGGACGAGGAACCGGCAUCACCUGUGGAGAUGCCUGUGSCUCCGCCCCCGCCUCCACCGCCGCGAUUCCGGCAUGAGUUUUAUCAGUCGGACAAGUAUGUGGUUGUGACCAUUCUGGCGAAGGGACUGAAGGCAGAGCAGCUGCAAGUCGACUUUGGGGAGCAGUUGCUGCGAGUGGUUAUAAAGAUGCCAGAUGGUGAUGAUUACUGCUUACAAGAGCGUCUUUUUGCAAAGAUUCACCCAGAUCAGUCUUAUCACAGAUUGUUUGGCACAAAGGUAGAGAUAAAACUGAUGAAGGCGGAGGCCGUCCACUGGAAGGCGUUAGACUAUUCCGCUCGCACAGCAGUGUUGCAGCCUGUCAACGUGUCAAAUGUUGCAAAACCUGUGCCGAAGUACCCGAGCUCGUCAAGGAGAACCCAUGAUUGGGACAAAAUGGUUGUGGAUAUCAAGAAAGAGGAGAAGGAUGAGAAGCUGGAUGGAGAUGCAGCGUUGAACAAACUGUUCCAAGACAUAUAUGCAAAUGCGGAUGAAGACUCACGGCGGGCAAUGAACAAGUCUUUUCAAGAGUCGAAUGGGACUGUCCUGUCUACCAAUUGGAAAGAGAUUGGGCAGAAGAAGGUAGACUCGACCCCACCGACAGGUAUGGAGGCGAAGAAUUUUGAGUACUGACGUGAAGGAGAGAAUUCUCCAUUUGCAUCCAAGUCUCACAGAUGGAGCGUCUGCAAAUGUGCAAGGAACGGUGAAGAAUUUGGCUGAGAAAAGUCAAGCUCCUUUCAUGGGAGCAUAUUAUGUGACUUGGAGGUGUAAGCAGAUGAACCAUACCAGCACUGGUACAUAUCAUUGUGGCAAAUGGAAGAUUUUCUUUUGUCGGCAAGAAGGUAAACAGUAUAGCUGUUUGCCGGCUUUUCAGUUAGUAGUAGAGUGUGGGUGAUUGGGUGAUUUGGUGAGAGGAGUCGCAUUCAAUUGUGUUGUUUGAUGGCAAGCGUACUCGAUAUGUAGAGGGCAAGGCUUGCCUAUGCUACAAAGUUAUGAUGGGAGGGUUGUUGUAUGUGUAUCGUGGUAUUUGGGGGUACCGGUCUCGAUUUGUUUCACCCCUCGAGGCAACCAAUUCUGUUUUGUUCCGGCGUUUUACGUGAAGGGACUUGGUUUGUAGUCUGAAACGAGCGGAGUCCUAAACUGGCAGAGCAUCUUUCUUCUUUGUUCCUUUUGAUUCUUAUUUUGUUCCCUUCCUCUGGCCUCUGUACUUAGAGUCUAGAGCACCGCUUGCUAUUGUGAAGAUGUGGCCAGCUUAUUGUGACAAUACCCAUAUACACCCAGAAAACCUGACUGCAGACCUCGCAAGGAGCUUGCAGGGCUUUGAUUUGCGCAACUGUUUUGGGCCAACCUCUGUAAAUUCUGGUUUGAAAGUUUCAUUCCUUUUGGCUAGUACAUAUAUCGGUUCUAGUACAUAGGUCGGUUCUAGUACAUAGAUCGGUUCUUCGUGUUCCUUACCGCUUCACAUAGAUCAUUUCUUCGUGUUCCUGACCGCUUCAGCGGAGGAUGCAUGGCCUGUGUUUUGAUAUUUGAACUGGCUGAAUGGAGUUCUGAGCUUUCUUGCAUGGGAAUGGGGAUAUAUCGUAUUAUAAUACUAUUAUUGCUUGUUGCAUUUUGAAAGCAUUGUUUUGCAUGUGUGUGUGUGUGUGUGUGUGUGUGUGUGUGUGUGUGUGUGUGUGUGUGUGUGUGUGUGUGUGUAGGGAGGCAGUUGCUGGGGACUUGCCAGUGUUGUUCAGCGGAAGUGUAUUAUUUGAAUUUAUUUCGCUGUUCGACUUCUGGGUGCUGGACAUCAUAUGCCGAUAUGGGAUGUGUAGCAUUGUGUACUUCUUUCCAGGUCAUUGCGCCUGACACGAUGUGCGUGUUUGACAAUGUCUCUUAGGGACGUGCCCCAGUGUGUAGGAUUCCGACUUUGUGGCUGCACAAUUUCUGUGGAGUGGAGUUAACUCGUUCGUCGCACAAUUUCCGUGGAGUGUAUAACUCGUUCGUUCAACUUCAUUGUAGAUCUGUGAUUGUCUGAAGGAAUCUUUUUCUCUUUUCAGGCAUUGGACAAUUCAGACGGAAUACGAACAUGAAUCGAGCCCGGUGUGUCUUUGAAAGUGGGGAGUUCCAAGGCUUCUCUGAUUCAAAAAGAAUGUUGCACAUGAAAGAGAGUUGUGUCCGAAAAUAGAAUUACAUGCCACAAAUUC